AUGGCAAGAGGAAUAGAAGAAGAGGUGGCAUGGAGAUGCUUUUGCAGAGAUGUUGUACCUUUCACUGCAAUGAUUGCUGUGGAGUGUAUUACGGUUGGAUCUAACACACUGUUCAAGGCUGCGACCAUGAGAGGAUUGAGCUUCUAUGUCUUUGUCUUCUACAGUUAUGUCGUUGCUACACUUGCCCUUCUUCCACUUACUCUUCUCUUUAGAAGGUACUUGAUCUCUAAACACUAUUCUUUAUUACCUUUGUAUGUUAGGUCAAGAAGUCACAGAGCUGAUUUUAACACAUUGUUUCAGGGAGGCUUAGUUUCGUCGUUGGGGUCAGUUAUACAUACUUGGGUUCUUCAUCUGAAAGGUCCAGUCUAUAUAUCCUUGUUCAAGCCAUUGUCUAUUGUCGUUGCAGUCGGUAUGGGUGCUAUCUUUCUCGGUGAUGCACUUUACUUAGGGAGUGUCGUUGGAUCUGUGAUUUUGAGCUUGGGCUUCUACGCUGUGAUUUGGGGUAAAUCUAGGGAGAAUUCAACCAGAACUGUGGCUGGUUCUGAGCAGUCACCUUUGCUGCUUACACACACCAUAGGAGACGAAGCCUCAUCCAUUAUGAUAUGA